AUGAAUCAUGAACCUGAAUUUAAUGCUGACUUUGAAAGUUUCUUGUUCUCUAUGAAACUUGUUGAAGCUGAUAUCAAGCGUGUUCAUCUUGAAUUAGACUUCUUACGAAAAGCUUUCGUCAUACUUCAACGUAGAUUAUUCACGUUAUCACUUGCUAAUGUUUUUGUUUUCCAAGACGUUUGUGUUUUCAUGGAGCAUUGUCCUAAUAUUUGA